AUGACCGUCACCUACACGUUUGACGUCGCCACGUCCAGAAUAUUCGAAGAUAUCUGCAUCUUCUUCGACCAGCAUUCCACUUUUAUUCCACUAACGUUCAUGCUUGGUUUCUAUGUGACAGCUGUAUUCAACCGUUGGUGGCAAGUGUUUGGAAAUAUCGGAUGGAUUGAUCAACCUUCACUACAGAUUACGAUGUCGAUUCGUGGUACAGAUGAACGAUCUAAGAUUCUAAGGCGCACAUGUAUAAGGUAUUUGGUGCUGAUGGAGGCGCUUGUUUUCCGUCUUAUGACUGAACGUGAGUUUGAAGAAUACGAAGCCGUUGUCUCACCUCAUUCAAAAUAUUGGUUGCCGAUACAAUGGCUGUUAUCGUUAGUCACACUGGCAAGAGACGAGUGUCGAAUCAAAGGCGAACAUAUCUACGUCUCUCUCUGUGAACAAAUUGCUGCAUAUCGUGUGAAAUUAGUCAGACUCGUGCUGUUCGACUGGGUACCCGUUCCACUCGUGUAUACCCAGGUUGUCCACUUAGCCGUAUACAGUUAUUUUCUCGUGGCACUGUUUGGUCGUCAGUAUCUCGAUCGAGAUGCGGUGAAAAAGUCGAUCAAUAUUUAUGUACCCAUCAUGACGAUAUUGCAGUUCACUUUCAUCGUCGGUUGGCUAAAGGUUGCUGAAGUGCUAUUGAACCCACUCGGAGAAGAUGAUGACGACUUUGAAUGUAACUGGAUCAUAGACCGAAACCUUCAGGUAGGUUUCUCCGUAGAGGAAUGCUACAAUCAACAUCCACCUGUGGACCGGGAUUCAUUCUGGACGCAUUCCAAUCCUGAACCACUUUACACUGCUACGAGUGCUAUGCGACCUACAAAUCCACAAGUCGGAAGCUGUGUGAAUAUGUAA